UGCAUCCCAGGAGACAUACUGCCACUUGAGAACCUGCCUUUUGCCAUAUUUGGUACUGUCACUUUAGUGAUGUUUAUGCUUAUUGCCUCAAAGAUAUACCAGAUGAGACAAAGAGGUGAGGCUAAGGGGGACAAGUAUCUAGUCGAGAUUAAAGUGCUCAUCAUAAUAUCCGUCUCCAUUUUUGGGUUCAUUGUCCUGGCUGGCAGUGAUUCCAUAAUACAGUGGGGAGCUGAUUCUAUCCGCAGAGACGUUGAGGCCUUUUUCAACUGCGAGGCCAGAGGACUAAUCCCCGGACUUCACUGCUCCAGAGACUCGUUCAAUUCAGCCUUCUCCAUACUAGACACUGUUGGCGUUAUGGUGCGGGCCAUUCUACCAGUUUUCUUCAUAUUGUUCUUGGUGGAUUUCAAGUCAGUCAGGAGAUGUCUGCUAGGACACAGGCAGCUAAACUUGCAAUUGUCCACUCGACUAACUCUCUCCCAAUCUACUAUUGUAUAGCGAUAGAACUUUGUUUGCCCUGGGCAAUUAUAUACCAUGUGUAAAAAUGUAGUCAGAACACAAAGAUGUGAUCCUUCUGCCUAUGCAAAGCAUAAAACUGGCUUAUCAGAGCAUCAGUAGACACUCUGUGUAGGAAUACCCACGUACCAAAUGCCUCUGCAAAUAUGCCCAGCUAAGCCUUCAAAAUAAGCAACAAUCAAAAAGGCAGAGGGGGUAAUUGUGAAGGAGUUGACAAACGAGGCUUGAUCAGUGGCAUCCCCUAGAGUUAG